AUGCCUAGCUCCGUCGCAUAUUUAAUUGAUAACGAAAUACUGAAUUUACAACGGUGUCCUUACCAAUUAACUCUUUCUAUUGAAGAAUUAACGAAAUAUUUAAUUUAUAACGAAAUACUGAGUUUACAACGAUGUCCUUACCAAUUAACUCUUUGUAUUGAAGAAUUAACUAAAUCUGAUUAUCCACCACGACCACAAAACAGCUGGAUAAUUUUUCGAAGAGAUUAUGAAGCGUAUUUACGUUCAUGUGACCCACACGUCAAACAAAAAGUCAAAGAAACAGCAAAAGAAUGCAGUUUAAAGUGGAAAGAGCUAUCAAGUGAGGCCAUACAUUUCUUCAAAAUGUUGGAAGAAAUAGCUCAUGAAAAUUACAAACGCAUAUAUCCUAGUUGUAAGUAUAAGCCGAAAAAGACGAAAAAUGCAAGCUAUAAAGAAUUUGUUUUUCGGGAACAAAAGAGCUACGCGUUUGUUUCGCUACCUAUGUCUAGUUCGCUAUCUUUAAGAAAUAAUAUUAUGAAUGACACAGCUUUAACAACCAGUGAUAGUAUUCAUCCUUUUACGAUCAAUACUAAUAUUGAUGCUGCGAUUAAUACGAAUAUUUAUAAAGCUUUUUUUAUCAUCAAUAGUCAACAAUCCUUUACCGCAAAACCAAUUCAUUACUAA